GUCAACACACACACACAUGCAGUAGCCUCGCCGCUAACAGAUACGCGUGGAAACCUGACAUGGAAGAAGAUGGGCCAUAAAGCGUUCUUUAUCGUUACCAAUAUUCAUGCCAUAAGAUUGUGAUAUUCUUACAAGGAGAUAAAAAUCUACAACUAUAUAUACGUCAUCAAGGAAGAGAAUUGGUUUGCAGUUGAAAUGGAGACCGAAUUCUUGAAGCAGCUCGUUCACCUCGUACAAGGAGAAGUCUCGAAUGAUAAGAGGGUGCCUCGUGACAGCGGCUACGGAGGCGGAGGCUGCGGAGGCUUCGAGGUGUUCGCCUUCCUGGCCUUCCUGCUCGCGCUCCUCAACCUGGUGCUCCAGCUCAACGACAACAACAGGAGGCGGAGGUCGGUGCUCGAGGAGGCGGAGGCGUGUCGGGAUAGUCUUGAUCUCUCUGAGGGCGUGUGGGCAGUGUCACAGUUAACGGAGGGCGUGUUGAGGGCCAUAGCAAGCCCGCCCUCUUGUAGCCACGCCCUCCUGUGUGACGCUGCCUCCUCGGCCGCGUCUCGGGGUCCUCUCGCUGCCACCUUCACCGCCCUCGCCAGCGACUGGCUCGAGCGAUGGCCCGGUCUGCAGGGAAGCGGCUUCGGCCAAGUCGCUCGCCGAGCCGGACGCGAGCGAGACUGCAGUCGCUACGCCAGAACCGACUGUGCGAGCGUGCAACCUCGUGACUUCGAUCUGCAACAUGUCUUGAACGAUCCUGCAACGUUACCGAUGUGGAGGAACGCCUCGGAGGGUCUUUUGCAACAUCUAGUGCAAUCUAAUUGGCAAUGGCAGGACAUUAGGGAAGAAAAGGAGUUAAUGCUUGAUGGUUAAUAGUUUUUGCAUUCUGAUUUAGUAUAGAGGAAAUAUAUUCCUUGUAAAAAAUCUGAAGAGGAUUUAAGUUACGUAAGUCGAAAAUAAACAUUUAGCAUUAUGAUUUCUUGUUCUUUACAACUUCAGGAUUCCUGGGUGAACAGUGAAAAAGGUA